AUGUUGGCUCGCUCAGCACUGCGUACCGCACGCACCGCCGGCGCCGCGGCUCGCAAUGCCACCAACAAGCCAGCUUCGCGCUUCGCCUCGACAUCUAGCUCCGCCGAGGGAGCUGGCUCCGCAUGGAAGAACAACGCCCUCCCCGCUGCCGCCACCAUCUUCGCGAUCGGUUCGACUGCCUGGUACUGGCAACUCUACGGACGCAAUGUUGAUGCCAUGACUCCUGCGGAAGAAGGUCUACACCCGACUCAAUACCCAUGGGAGCACGAAAAGUGGCACAAGACAUUUGACCACGGCGCUCUCCGCCGUGGUUUCCAGGUCUACCGCGAGGUCUGCGCAUCAUGCCACUCCAUCUCCCGUGUCCCCUACCGAGCCGUCGUCGGAAAGUUCAUGACUGUCGACGAGGCCAAGGCCCUUGCCGAAGAGAACGAAUACGACACCGAGCCCAACGACCAGGGCGAGAUCGAGAAGCGCCCCGGAAAGCUGUCCGACUACAUGCCCUCACCCUACAAGAAUGACGAAGCCGCCCGCGCUGCCAACAACGGUGCUCUGCCUCCGGAUCUAUCACUCAUGGUCAAGGCCCGCCACGGUGGCUGCAACUACAUCUUCAGCUUGUUGACCGGCUACCCCGAAGAGCCACCCGCGGGUGCUGUUGUCCCAGAAGGCCUCAACUUCAACCCCUACUUCCCCGGUACCGGUAUUGCCAUGGCCCGUGUGCUUUACGACGACUUGGUCGAAUACGAUGACGGCACCAAGGCGUCAACUUCGCAGAUGGCCAAGGACGUCGUCGAGUUUUUGAACUGGACUGCUGAGCCAGAGAUGGAUGACCGCAAGAAGAUGGGCUGGAAGGUGCUGGCAGUCACCAGUGUCUUGUUUGCUAUCAGUGUCUGGGUCAAGAGGUACAAGUGGGCACCACUGAAGACACGAAAGAUUAUCUACCAGCCACCACAAAACAAGAGCAUUCUCGGCCAUGUUCCCAAGCCAAAUAAUUCAGGCAAGACGAACCAAUAAGUAUUCGGGGGGCUUGCAUUUUGCGCUACUUUGGGCGAGGGGGUGGAGAGCGGGGAGUGGAAGCAUGUGUGUUCUAUAUCUUGUACAGUGCCAAGUACUACAAUAAGAUUUCCUUGACUCGUCACAUGACAUGGACAUGUGUUUA